AUGUGAAGCAAGAAAAGCUGAGUCAUGGAAAACAAAAGCAUAAUUGUUGUCUCAUUUAUCCUUCUUCCUCUCCUCUUCACAAUCGCUUCUGCCCAGACUCGGCUUAGACCAGACUUCUAUAGAACAACAUGCCCCAAUGUUGAGUCUAUUGUCCGCUCCGCAGUCCAAACGAAGUUCCAGCAAACCUUUGUCACAGCUCCCGGAACUCUUCGGCUCUUCUUCCACGAUUGCUUUGUUCGUGGAUGUGACGCUUCGGUGAUGUUGACCGGUAACGGGAACGCGGAGAAGGAUCAUCCUGAUGACAUAUCCCUAGCAGGAGAUGGAUUCGACACAGUGAUCAAAGCAAAGGCGGCUCUUGAUAGUAAUCCUCAGUGCCGAAACAAAGUUUCUUGUGCAGACAUUCUAGCUCUUGCCACCAGAGAUGUCGUAGCCUUGACCGGAGGACCGAAUUAUAGAGUGGAAUUGGGAAGACGUGAUGGGAGGAUAUCCACAAAAGCCAGUGUUGAAAAUCAGCUUCCUCACCCUGACUUUAACUUAGACCAGCUCAAUUCUAUGUUCGCCAGGCACGGUCUCACUCAGACCGAUAUGAUUGCAUUGUCAGGUGCACACACCCUAGGAUUCUCCCAUUGUGGGCGUUUCUCCAAUCGAAUCUACAACUUCAGCCCCAGGAGGAAGAUUGACCCUACUCUCAACUUUGCAUACGCUUUGCAGCUUAGGCAAAUGUGCCCCAGAAAUGUUGACCCAAGAAUUGCCAUCAACAUGGACCCAACCACACCUCGAACAUUCGACAAUGUCUACUACAAGAAUCUUCAGCAAGGAAAGGGUCUGUUCACCUCUGAUCAGAUACUAUUUACUGAUCGCAGAUCAAGAAACACUGUCAAACUUUUCGCAUCAAACAAUGGAGCUUUUCAAAAUGCUUUUGUGGCUGCCAUUACCAAGCUAGGCCGUGCAGGGGUUUUGACAGGAAAUCAAGGUGAAAUUCGACGAGAUUGCACCCAACCAAACUAGGGAAAGAGAAUUCUCACUGCUUCAAUUCCCUUCACUUUAGCCUUGUCCUGCCCAUCUUAAGUCAUUUCCAUUAUCUUUUGUCAUGUGAUUGGCCAGAUCACCGACAUCUCUAAGUCUCAUAAAUAGCACUGAUGUCAAAUUUAUAAUUGUUGCUCGCUCUUUAAAUAAUAAAAAUGAUUUGAUUUGUUU